AUGGUUUUGACUAGUUGUGAAGUGGUUUUGGUGAAUCGAAAUGUUAAAGACAGCUUCCGUGUUGGGAAAGAUGGUUGUACGAAUGAUGCAAGUGUUUGUACAAGUUCAGCAACAUGUCAGUCUGAUGGCUCGUGUUUGUGCAGUGGUAGUAAACCUAACUUCAGUAAUCCUAAUAUAAUAGUUGGUGGUGGUAGGUUAGAGUAUGGUGACUCGUAUGGCUGUGUAAGCAGUGAAUAUUUACGCUUUGGAGUCGGUAAGUACUAUUUUGUUUUAUGUACUAACAGCUUACGAAUCGUACAAGUGUACGGAUUAAUGUGCAAUAUGUCAACCUGACAGCGGUCUGUGAUAUGUGAAGCGUUUAUGAACCUAAAAUCCUACUACAACAUCUACAGAUAAGAAAGCUUACAGCUGUUUAAGCAACCUCGUACCCAGGCUCUUUCCACUACGCUCCAACGAGGAGCGUAGUGGAAAGAGCCUGGGUACGAGGUUGCUGUUGAAGCGGAGAUAGUAUUAUAAUUUCAACUUUACAAUAGAUUAUUUAAACUUAUUUCAUAAUCAUCUUGUACCAUUACUCACCAGGCGCCGGUUGUAUAAAAAGUGAUUAAAGUUAACUAUAAUUAAGUGCAAAAGUCAUCCAAUAAGAAGCGCGUAUUUGAGAGUUAAUCACUAUUUAACUACAAAAUAGUGAUUAAAAAAGUGAUUAAGAGUUUUAUACAACCGGCCCCAGGUUCAAAUUUACACUGCAGAGAGCAACAAAUAAUUAUUUAUUUCGAGUGGGACUGAACUCGUAUCUUCGGGUUUCUGGACCGUCGCUCUAUACAGUAAGGUAUCGAGGAUUGGAGGAGGACCACAGCUUGUGUGCUAAUUUCCAUAUAUGAACCAUAUAUAGUGCCCUUUAAUUUUUAACAGAGAAUAGAUAGGGUAAAAAUAUUUAACUCUAAAUUAUGGUAACCUAAGAUAUUGGCUACUGCUUGCCGACCUCAACAUAAAGCAGCCAUUUUCUAAAGUUUUUUUAGUAGCAUAUUAAAAUAUUAUUCAGAUCGGAUAUUCACUACAUCGGCGCCCAAUUCGUGUUGAAGAUAAUCGGAACUUUCAAAGGAUUAAUUAGCCUUUCUCACGGCCGAUUUUUCCGCCAUUUUGGGGUACUGCCUUUCCAAGGUUUGAGAAUCUCCGCAACACGAAAUACAACAUUUUAGUAUUGUAGUUGUUUGUAUAAUGAUAAAUUUAUAGUUACAACUUUUAAAAAUCGCUUUUCAUGUUGUUUUUGAAUUAUCUAGAAUCUUUCACGAGAAUAGACAUGUACCCCCUAAAUGGUGGGUUUUGGCCUUCGCGAGAAAGGCUAAUUAACUUAAACUGCCGCACGAUUUGCUUUGGGAUUUUUGAAGCUGUUUGAUGAAAGUCUCAAGAGUUGAAAAAGUAUUCCCUACCAUAAAUAAUUAUGACGAUCUUGGUGUUUUACAUCCCAAUUCAAUAACUAAUCAACUUAAUCGACUUAAUUAAUUAAUCGACUUUAAACUUUGUUGUAAUAGAGGUCCAAACACGGCCACCCGUCAUCUGCCGUAAAUACUAGGGCUAUAUAAGACCGUCAAUGUUAGGUUUUGCUAGCUUCUCCGGAAUGCUUGAGAAAAAUGAAGACGCGCAAUUUUUUCAAAUUUAUUUUCAUUGUUCAUUCAGCUCAAAUAGUCAAUCUUAUUUCUUAUUUUAUUUUUAAAUAUAGGAUCACUUAAUCAUUGUGUAUUCGCCCCUUUUCAACUCAUACCACCCAGUCACCAAGAUCCAGCCACGAAAUUCAGUGACAUCGACAAUCCACGCGCAUUGUUCAGGAAUUGUUCGUUGAAGAAAGCCUUAGCAAAGUUUCUAAGCAACACUACAGAAACGAAGCUGCAAUGGUUGAAUAAUUCUUACGUUGACUUGACAGUCUUUAACGCAACAUUGGAAUUUAAGGUAUGGAAAUUUACCUUCAUGUUUCUUUUCCUUUAACUUUGUUUAAAAUUAGUUUGUUCUUCUUUUUCCAGUGGAAAAGAUCAGUACCAAGUCUGCGAGGCACGAUCAUUACGUUGCAUCUCGUCUGUGACCUGAGACCAUCAAAUAUAUUCGUACCAAAAUGCCUACGAGCAAAGGUUCUUGGGACAUGGCAAGCAGGUACAGUGCUUAUUAAAUAGGUAAUGUACACAUGGAAGGGAAGUAGUGAACUCUCUCGAAAAUUCGAUUCUAACAUAUGUGUAAAGUCGUGUUUGCACUGCGAGAUAUGUUGCAGUAAAUGAACUUUCGCUAUAAGGCCGGCGUUCAAAGAUACCUGCCAGUGCGCAAAUUGAACGUAUUCCCAAACUGAUUAUUUUUAAGAUUGUAACUACUUGCCAAUUGUAGAUCUCAAGUCCGCCGUUAUCUUCCUCUUUAGUUAUACGUACAUAUAUAACUACGCAUGCAAUAUAAGUACAAAACUUCAUUUGAUUUAGACGCUGUCUCUGUACCAACUUCGCCAACAGUAUUAACCUCUAGCCAACCUAAAUCUUCACAGAUAACAACAAAAGCAACUUCGUCUGUAACAGUAACAACGGCAGAAUCAAGCAUGUUUUAUAAAUAG